GUUCUGGGUGCGCGCGCGGUGUCUGGCUGGGUGCGCGCGCGCGCCGCUGCCCGCUUGCUUGCCUGCUAAAGGCUGGCUGUUCGAUGGGUUUGACCGGCGAGCCAGCUCCAAGAAGCUGGAUCUCAGAUAACAUAGAGACCAUCGCGGAAACUGAGGAGUGAGUCGGAACGCGAUCGAUCCUGUACAGGUCUUGGGGCUCCAGAGAUUAUUUCUCUUUAUUCAGAAGCAUAGAGUUGUUUGCUGAUUGCAAGAAGAUGUUUCUUUGCCUCUUUCUGAUUGUGUCAGCCCUGAUUUCUUCAACAAAUACAGAUUCUGACAUAUCAGUGGAAAUUUGCAAUGUGUGCUCCUGCGUGUCAGUAGAGAAUGUGCUCUAUGUCAACUGUGAGAAGGUUUCAGUCUACAGACCAAACCAGCUGAAACCACCUUGGUCUAAUUUUUAUCACCUCAAUUUCCAAAACAAUUUCUUAAAUAUCCUCUAUCCAAAUACAUUUGUAAACUUUUCACAUGCAGUAUCUCUGCAUCUGGGAAAUAAUAAGCUGCAGAACAUUGAGGGAGGAGCCUUUCUCGGGCUCAGUGCAUUAAAGCAGUUGCACUUGAACAACAAUGAAUUAAAGAUUCUCCGAGCUGACACUUUCCUUGGCAUAGAGAACUUGGAGUAUCUCCAAGCUGACUACAAUUUAAUCAAGUAUAUUGAACGAGGAGCCUUCAAUAAGCUCCACAAACUGAAAGUUCUCAUUCUUAAUGACAAUCUUAUUUCAUUCCUUCCUGAUAAUAUUUUUCGAUUCGCAUCUUUAACCCAUCUGGAUAUACGAGGAAACAGAAUCCAGAAGCUCCCCUAUAUUGGAGUUCUGGAACACAUUGGCCGGGUUGUUGAAUUGCAGCUGGAAGAUAACCCUUGGAACUGUAGCUGUGAUUUGUUGCCUCUAAAGGCUUGGUUGGAGAAUAUGCCAUAUAACAUUUAUAUAGGAGAAGCUAUUUGUGAAACUCCCAGUGACUUAUAUGGAAGGCUUUUAAAGGAAACCAACAAGCAAGAAUUAUGUCCCAUGGGCACAGGGAGUGAUUUUGAUGUUCGCAUUCUGCCUCCAUCUCAACUGGAAAAUGGCUACACCACUCCCAAUGGUCACACUACUCAAACAACCUUGCACAGAUUAGUGACCAAACCACCCAAAACAACAAAUCCUUCCAAAAUCUCUGGAAUAGUGGCAGGCAAAGCCCUCUCCAACAGAAAUCUCAGUCAAAUUGUGUCAUACCAAACGAGAGUGCCUCCUCUUACACCUUGCCCGGCACCUUGCUUUUGCAAAACACAUCCUUCUGAUUUGGGGCUGAGUGUAAAUUGCCAAGAGAAAAAUAUACAAUCCAUGUCUGAACUGAUACCAAAACCUUUAAAUGCCAAGAAGUUGCAUAUCAAUGGCAAUAACAUCAAAGAUGUGGACAUUUCAGACUUCACUGAGUUUGAAGGACUAGAUUUGCUCCAUUUAGGCAGCAAUCAGAUUACGGUGAUCAAAGGAGAAGUGUUCCACAAUCUGACCAAUCUACGCAGGCUUUAUCUCAAUGGAAAUCAGAUCGAAAGGCUGGACCCUGAAAUAUUUUCAGGCCUUCAUAACCUACAGUAUCUGUAUUUGGAAUACAACUUGAUUAAGGAAAUCUUAGCAGGCACCUUUGACUCCAUGCCCAAUUUGCAGCUUCUGUACUUGAACAAUAAUCUCUUAAAGAGCCUUCCAGUUUACAUUUUUUCUGGAGCACCCCUUGCUAGAUUGAACCUGAGGAACAACAAAUUCAUGUACCUACCUGUCAGUGGAGUCCUCGAUCAGUUGCAGUCUCUUACACAAAUUGAUUUGGAGGGCAACCCUUGGGACUGCACUUGUGACUUGGUAGCCUUAAAGCUGUGGCUGGAGAAGUUAAAUGAUGGGAUUGUUGUGAAAGAACUGAAAUGUGAGACUCCUGUUCAGUUUGCCAACAUUGAAUUGAAGUCCCUCAAAAAUGAAAUCUUAUGUCCUAAACUCCUAAACAAGCCAUUUGCACCGUUCACUAGCCCUGCACCUGCAAUUGCGUUCACCACUCCACUGGGUCCCAUUCGAAGCCCUCCUGGGGGCCCAGUGCCUCUGUCUAUUUUAAUCUUAAGUAUCUUGGUGGUCCUCAUUUUAACUGUCUUUGUUGCAUUUUGCCUUCUUGUUUUUGUGCUGAGACGCAACAAGAAACCCACAGUGAAGCACGAAGGUUUGGGGAAUCCUGAGUGUGGCUCCAUGCAGCUGCAACUAAGGAAGCAUGACCACAAAACUAAUAAAAAAGAUGGACUGAGCACAGAAGCAUUCAUUCCACAAACCAUAGAACAGAUGAGCAAGAGCCACACCUGUGGCCUGAAAGAAUCUGAAACUGGGUUCAUGUUUUCAGAUCCUCCGGGACAGAAGAUCAUGAUGAGAAAUGCAGCUGACAAAGACAAAGAUUUGCUGCAUGUAGAUACCAGGAAGAGAUUGAGCACAAUUGAUGAACUGGAUGAACUAUUCCCUAGCAGAGAUUCCAACGUGUUUAUUCAGAAUUUUCUUGAAAGCAAAAAGGAGUAUAACAGUAUUGGUGUCAGUGGCUUUGAGAUUCGCUAUCCAGAAAAACAACAAGAUAAAAAAAACAAGAAGUCACUGAUAGGUGGUAACCACAGUAAAAUUGUUGUGGAACAAAGGAAGAGUGAGUAUUUUGAACUGAAGGCAAAACUUCAGAGUUCUCCUGACUACCUACAGGUCCUUGAGGAGCAAACCGCUUUGAACAAGAUAUAGGUCAUGUAAUCCAACUUCAUAAGAGGUCAUUAUUUAAUGAUGAAAGUGCCUUUUGUUGACUUCUAACUUCCAAAUACUAUAUUAUCAUUAGGCAUAGAGGCAGGUGUUUCCAAGGGUAUUUCAUUAACUGUAGCUGUAAAGAUGUGUCAAGUAGAAGAGAAUUUCCUUAAUAGAUUUUACUACAUAAAACCUAUACUGUGGAGACCUGUGGGGAUAACUGCAAACUCUAUUGCCAAAGGGAUGCUUUAUAAACAUAAUACACUGAAUUUAACCUCAAGAGGCAAAUCAGUUUUGUAUUCUGAUACAAAACCUCCGUCUCUUUGUGCUUUGUAAAGCAAACUCAAGAAAACUGGUACCAGUGUUUGUACCUCAGCUGGGUCCUUCAUCUUGCACGUAGAUUAAGUUGGUGAAACUGGAAUAACCCUUUUGAUUUGUGGCAUUGUAACAACUCUUUGUAAAGAUUACCUUAAAAGUGUAAAAAACAAAUAAGCAUGCAAAGAGAGAACAUUUGAUAGUAUUUGUAAAUUGGUAAAAUUUAUGGCCUGCAUCUUGAAACUGCUGGAUUUACAAUGUUAAAUCGUGCAAAUACUUGUUUAAAAUAUACCAUGCAUUACAUAACUAUAAAAUAAAUUUGAACACUUUAAGUGUUACCUGUCUAUACAUAAAAACCAAAAGGAGAAAAAAAUCAAUGUGAGUUACAUAGCAUUUGUGGUGAUUUAGAGAAAAAUAUGAUGUUUAUCAGAAUUAAACAUGGCUCAAAUUAAACUAGAGUUUGUUCUCAGUUAUGUCAAAUACCCACAAUCCUUAACGGUUGUCCCAAAUUAGCAAAGUGCUUACCGUGUGAGCGCACCCAAAGUUAUUUUUGUAACAUAAUUCAUAUUUAUGAAGUACUUUGUAUACUAAAUAGGAAAACAUGUACUCCUUAAUAUGUAUUUAAAAUGCCUGACUUAUUUUCCUGAUCACAGCAAAUUUAUCAGUAAGUAUAAAUUGAGAUAAGAAAAAAAUACUAAAGUGAAACUGAAGCUAAUGUGUACAGAAAUAUUUGGGACUCUGUGAUCAAGUAUAAUUUAAAAACAGAAAAAAAUACAAAAAUCCCAAAAAUUAAAAAAAAAAAAAAAUCCGUGCUAUUCUUGUGAAUUUAGUGUAUUAUCUUCAGAUUUGUUACCAACUGUGCAUUUUAAAAUAGGCUCCUUAGUUUUAUAGUAUUGUGUCUGGGGCAGUUGUUAUUUGCCAUCAAUUGUCUUGCUUUUCAGGAUUCUAUGAGCUUAAUUCAAAUAGUUUUAAUUACAAUAUUCAACAAAAUAAUGACUAAGAUAAAUAGUAUCUUGUAUGCAUCAGUAUCCUGUUCUUUCAUCAUUCUGACUACUAUCAGAUAAUCUAGUAGAACUAUAAACAUCAUGGUAAUCUUGGCUAUCAAAGCCAAUGUGUAAAAUGCUUGCACUGGUCUCAGAUGAAUUCAUGAUCUACAACUACAAUGGAAAUGCCCCUGUGUUUGCGUGUGCUCUUAAGUUCUAGAUCAAAAUUGGUCAAAUGAAUGAAGUAUUUGCUAAUGGGUUGAUAUCUGAAGAUGUUUAGGAUCUCUGAUUAGUAAAUCAAUAUUCAGAAACUCAUUGCCUUCUUGGCCAGCUGUGUGUAUGUGUGUGUGUGUGUGUGUGUGUGUGUGUGUGUGUGUGUGUGUAUUGUGGUGUGAUCAAUUAUUGUAUUAUUCAGUAAGAUAACCAAGAAAGCAAACAAACAUUCUUCAUGAAUUUCAAGUGGCAGAUAUUUUGAUGCAGCUUCCAAAAGGAUACUGCAACAGCAAUCCCUUUAUUAAAUGCUAAUUUCAAGAUUUUAUGUGUUUGUUUCAAAUUUUUAAAUAAAAUUUGACAUUAUUACAGGAGUGUGUGUGUGUGUGUGUGUGCGCGCGCGUGCGUGCGCCCACACCCAUGUGUGUUUGGUUAUAUAUUCACAUAUAGAUAAUUAGGAGAUUUUUUUAGAUAGCAAAUAAAAUCUCCCUAUGUAUGUGCUGGUGCUCUUAAAACUUUAAUGUGUAAUUUUCAGUUUCAUGGCAAUGUCUGUGAAAACUUUAUAUGAAUAUAAACACAUCCAAACAAAUAAUUGCUGUCUGAAAUUGAAAGAAAAGAAGUGUGUUCAAAUGCUAAUUUUCAUCUGCAGUUUCAUAAGGACAUUUAAUAUGCCAUUACCAUGCAUGCAUGCAUCCAUGGAUUUAAGGGCUCCUAAUGCAUACUGACAUGAUAAGGAUGCAAAGGCUUCCAACAAAGUGUUUUUGUUUAUCCCAUCAAUAAAGUGUGGAUUCAGAAAUAUUAAAUGAAUACUUAUAGGAGGAACUAGAAAGCUCCAUGCAUGAGCUGGGGCUAAUAGGUCAUUGGGUUGAUGUCCUUUUAUUCAGUGUGGUGAUGGUUGGAAGAUGUUUCAAGGUUUCUGCAGAAUUGUCAGUGGCAAGAGUACCUGCUACCAUCUCAAAGCUUGCUGUAGUAUAUUGGCUAUCUCACACUCUACUGCUGGAAGCUAUAACCGCUCAAAAAUUUUUAAGAAAAAAAAACAUAAUUUAACUGUAUGUGCUUAUAUGGAGGUUCAAAUUGUGAAUGGAAGUAACAAAUUCUUGGUUAAGGAUAAUAUACUUUCCUUAACUAAAGUCAUUGUGCCUACAUUAUACAGUGUAUGCUAUUUUGCACCAGUCUCUCAUUAGUUCUUCUUGUAUCUUUUAUGAUACUGUAGUUAGGUAUAAAUUCUGAGUUGAGUACAAGAGCAGUUUAAAUACUAUAUCUGCAUUUUGUUGGCUUCAGCUAUAAUCUUGAUGUUAGUUUAACUCCUUAAAGAAUGAUAUGUACAUGGUAAAACAUUUUUUUAGUAGACUUUGAUUCAAAUUUUGAAAAGCCAAGAAUUGGUCAUCUCUAAUGUGCUAUGACACAUCAUGGUCUUCUUGACAUUGUAUUCUUGUGUAUGGACUGUGUUAGAACAGUUGCAGAGAAAACUAUAUCUUAUUAAAUCAAUGAAGGGGUAAGAUAGUAUAUUGUGUCCGUGUAAUAUAAAUCAAGUUUUAAAUUAUUUUUUUAUGAAAUCAAUAAAAAUGAUUCAAUUCUUUUAAAGUAAA